AUGCAGUUGGUGAAUAACGAGCUUGAUUGCUGUUAUAAUUCGACAAUAUCCGAUAAUCCAGCUGCAUCUCACAUGUGUUUUUACGUGCGUGACAUGACCAGUGCAGCAUCGGAAUAUUUAGCUGCUACCGAAGAAAAUAGGGAGCUGUUGGAAUAUUUUUCGGCACAGAUGUGCGCUUGUUUGGCAGCUAGGUAUGUGGUAGGGAUGAAGCUGUGUAAGUCAUCGGAAGAUUGCCGAAUUGCGAACAGUACAGUGAGUUUCUGUGCAUUUCCGGCUCUUCUGGGUAAUAUGUCGUUUAUGAGGAUAACACUCAAACGUAAUGCUCCAGUGAUGCUCUAUACGUGA